ACCCUUCACAGUUCACUCCACCGCAAAUUUUCUUUUUCUCGAGUUUUUUUUUUUGUUCAUUUUCGGUUAAUUUGUAUGCAUUUAGGUAUUGCAGAAGUUUGAAUAGCGGUUUCAUUUUAUAUUUUUGUAUGCAACUUUAAUUUUGCAAAAUAAGAUUUUAAGUUAGUUUGUCUUGUUUCAGUAGUUAAAUUUUCUACGAGUUUGCUUUCAUUAUUUCCCUUCAAAAUCAGAGGAAAUGGAGGACAAGACUGAUUACAGUCAUGAGAGUGUGGCUCCAUCGUACAGAGGAGUGCGCAAAAGAAAAUGGGGCAAAUGGGUAUCCGAAAUAAGGGAACCUGGAAAGAAAACCAGAAUAUGGCUUGGGAGCUACGAAACCCCAGAGAUGGCUGCGGCAGCAUACGACGUGGCGGCGUUCCACCUCCGAGGACGGACUGCUCACCUUAACUUUCCAGAGCUGGUGGACAGUCUUCCGAGGCCUGCGGGGUCGAGCCCGGAGGAUGUUCAGAUGGCAGCACAGCAGGCGGCUCUGCAGUUCAAAAAACCAGCAAAGAGCUCGGAGCCAAAUGUCACCGGCGAUGGAGUUGGGCCCAUUAGGGUGGGGCUGUCGCCGAGUCAAAUUCAGGCGAUUAAUGAGUUUCCAUUGGAUUCGCCAAAGAUGUGGAUGGAGCUUCUGGUGGGGGAGCGGAUGGUUUACGGCGGUGACGAUUUUGAUAGGCAUCGGAGUGAACCGGAAGAAAUGCACGUCGUCCUCGAGUCCAUUUGGGAUUAUUAAUUAAUUGUAGACCCUUAGUUACGUCAAUUACCUUUCUUCUUUUUUUUUUUUCUUUUUUUAGAAAAAAUGAAAAGAGAGAAGAGUAUAUUAUUUAGAGGUUUUUUUAAAAAAUAAUAAUCUCCUACCGUAAACAUAAUUAAUGGGAGAAUGCAAAUACACAGAUUUUUAUAUU